AUGGAUCCCUCGUCUCCACUAGAGCGCUCUCCGCGUAACUCCCCCUCCAGUAGCCUAAGCUAUCGCACCAGUUCCGGUCAACCUCAAGAUUCAUCGCCAAGCAUGGAUGCUCCGAUCCCCGACGAUCAACAUGGGGCUGAUUUACCCAUGAAUAUGACCGCUUCAGUCAUGCUGACUGGUCUACCUCGCGAUGCCCACCAGGCACUCGCCGAUGUGGAACAUAUCGACAAUCACAAAGUCACUGUUCGAUUUCAACCGUUACCCUCGGCGCCGAUGCUCAAAACCAGGGUUUUCAAGGUCAGCGCAUCGCAGAAGUUCGAAACGGUCGUCAAGUUCCUUCGGAAGAAGCUAGACUGCAAAGACACAGACUCGGUCUUCUGCUAUGUCAAUAGCGUCUUCGCGCCCGGCCUCGAUGAGGGGGUUGGUGGGCUCUGGAGGUGUUUCAAAUCAGACGAUCAAUUGAUUGUCGCAUAUUCAAUGACGCCGGCAUUCGGCUGA